AUGUCUUCAAUCAAAAGUCCUGGCCCUAAGCAAAACUAUGAUGGUACUGGUCUGCGAAUUGCAAUUGUGCAUGCUCGGUGGAAUGAUCGUGUUAUUCAAUCUCUUAUCGCUGGCGCCAAACGUGAGCUAUUGCUAGCCGGGGUAAAGGAGGAGGACAUUUCUUUUGAGAGUGUGCCUGGGAGUUAUGAGCUUCCAUUUGCAGUCCAGAUGAUACUCAAAAAAUCAGGAAGACGUGGAGAUAUCAUUCAUGCAGAAGGGAGGCCGUUUGACGUGGUCAUCACUAUUGGAGCCCUGAUCAAAGGCGAUACAAUGCAUUUUGAAUAUAUCUCCAAUGCGGUAUCCGAUGGCCUUAUGCGAGCGCAGCUCGACCAAGAGGUACCUGUGAUCUUCGGUAUACUGACUUUGCUCACUGAGCAACAGGGACUUGAAAGGGCAGGGUUAAGCGCGAAGGGACACAACCAUGGUGAGGACUGGGGCAGGGCAGCAGUAGAGCUAGGCGUGAAAAAUCGCAAUUGGACAGCUCGAUCCCACACUGGUAGCCUCUGA